GCUACUCGUGUUCUGUAAUCAGACUCUUCAAGAUGCCCGACCGGACUCUUUCCCAACAACGACCUUAGCUGCUUUGGAUACCAUGUUUAUGCUCUCAUAUUCAUCUGGGCUUCUCUUAGCGGGAAGACUCGGAGAUGUGUUUUCGGCGUCUACUGUACUCAGUGUUGGCCUGGCAUUGACUACUGUGGCGCAGAUGUUAUUUGCUGUAUUGUGCGUGUUGAGAACUGCGGUGACUUGGGAGUUCAAAAUGGCUCUGUAUUGCAUAUGGAUACUUAACGGUUUGGUUCAGUCAUUAUGUUGGCCAGCCUGUGUUAAGCUGGUGGGAAAUUGGCUUACGCCCGUGCACCAUCUCAUCGAUGAUGAUGAUGAUGAUUAUGACAGUGCUAGCACUACUUCUGAGGAUUCUGAUCCGACCAGUAUUGCUGACGGCCAGAUAGGCAUCGUCAGUCCAGCACAUUCUGGCAUGUUAUUCGGUUUGUGGUCGAGUAAUGCGAGUGUUGGUAACAUCGUGGGCGCUCUGAUGGCUGCGGUCGCGCUGGGCAUUGCAGGAGCGUAUUCAUUUAUGAAGGGAAUAGAG